GUCCCCGGCGGGGGCUUGUCAGACACGUGACCAGAUCCUGGGCAGAGGCGGAGGGUAUGAAGCGCUGUGUGCUGAGCGUGAGGGGCACCCGGGAGAGGCACGGGGUGGCUGCCGCCUCGCUACAAGAGCUGCAUGAGAAAGCAUUAAAAGUCUUGAAUGUGGACCCCACGAAGGAGCAGAUCACUCUGGUCCUGGCAGAAGAUGGGACAAUUGUGCAAGAUGACGACUAUUUUCUCUGUUUACCUCAAGACACAGAGUUCCUGAUUCUGCAAGGAAACAAGAAAUGGGCUCCAACCUCUGUAGAUGGAGGCACUGCAUGGCUGGCCCGGGAGUCGGUGGAGCUGGAUGACGUUGAUGGCCCUGGAAUACCAAGGUGGAAGGUAUUGGCUGCACAGCUGAGGGAGAACCUGUCUAACAUCAUUCUGUUUGCAGAGUCAGACUUUCAGACGCUAAUAGAUGUAAAAACAGAGGACCUCAGCAUAGCGGUGGCCAUGCCGCUCAAAAAGACCGAAAUGCUGCAGGAUACACUUCAAGGGCUUCUGGACCGCCGGGAAGAGGAGCGUCAGUCCAAGGAGCUUCUACAGCUGUAUCUGGAGGCUGUGGGGAAGGAUGAUGUAGAUGGCACCCGGCUUCCAGGGGCAUCACAGAAUAAAGCUGAAGCAGAUAAUGAGGCGGAAGGGGCAAGCCAAAAAACUCAGCUCCCAAGCCAAGUACUUCGAAUAUUAAAGGACAAGAAAAUGCCACAUCUCAGCUUAUCAAAUGAACAGCUGGAAGCUGUUUGCGCUCAGGACCCGGGCACCUUAUCAGCAGACUUGAACUGCAGUUUGCAGGAUGCCCAGCAGAUGCAGACGGUGUGCCAGGAACAGCUAGAUAUGCGUUACGAGCAAGUGCAAUGUCUGAACUCUCUGGCAAACAAAUCUCAGAACAAGAGGAAACAUCUUCCCUGAGGCACUGGGUGGAGGAAACCAGAGCGAGGUCACACGUGAGGUGUAAAGGUCGGGUGUGACACGGCUUAUAAAGUGCCAGUUAACCAACAUGCCCCUGCAAGACGGGUCACAUGAUUCCUUAUGAACUGCAUCCAAUGAUUUUACAAGCCUGAUACAUUUAAUGUCAGUCAAAGCUUUUAAAGGAAACUUGGACUUGGUAAAAUGUGAAGGCUGCCAUUGCUAGUCCUCUCCUGAAAUGUGCUCAGUGCCUGGUGCUGAUCCAAAGGUUUCAUUGGUUUCUGAGUCCGUUAUUCAGCAACAAGGAGGCAGAUUAGGCGUUCUGCCUGGAUUUUCGUUAAAACCAGGGAAGCCGAGGCACUUGGCAUUUUCAGCUUUCAUAUUCCCUUAUUACAGAUUUAAUGUAAAGGUUGCGUGUACUUUAAGGAUCAAUUCACACCAUAGAAAUGCAAUCUGGAUGCGUUCCAGGUGCUUUUUU